AUGACUAUCCAUUCACAUUCAUCGACCCAAAUCAAGGAGGCGCAACUCGAAGCUUUGAAACCUGAGAAUGUCGCAAGUGAAGCCUUGCGAGGAAUGGAUAAAAUGCUUGAGGUCAAGGAUAACAAGGCUCAUUACCUCAUGAAUCGAAUCUGGACACCGAGAUUUAGCGGGUACAAAGAAAUUAUCAUGAAAGAAGCUCACAAGACCAACUACUAUGUCCAUUCCGGGUCAAACAAGAUGUAUGUAGACCUCAAGAAACUAUAUUUGUGGCCUAACAAGAAGGCAGAAAUCGCUACUUAUGUGGGAAAGUGUUUGACUUACGCCAAGGUCAAAGUACAUUACCAAAAGCCCUCGGGUUUGCUACAACAACCGGAUAUACCCAAAUGGAAGUGGGAGCGGAUAACCAUGGACUUGAUAACUAAAUUACCCAAGAAAAUUGGUGGCCAUGAUACCAUAUGGGUAGUUGUAGAUAGGUUUGAUGGUUUUUGA